AGUUGUUCAAAGUUCCAAGCAAUAUAAAAGCAAGCUGUAGACGGACUACUGAGUCUCUCGCCCAUCAUCUUCGGAGUCGUUGCCUUGGAAAAGAAUACACAGAAGAGGAGGGAACAAUGGCGGAAUCGUCAUCAGCUGCUGCUUCUCCUUCCGUGGGGAAGAAAUCGGACGAAGAGGUGGAAGAAAUGCUGGAUCGAAUGCUUACUCGAUUGGCUCUCUGCGAUGACUCCAAGCUCGAACCCUUGCUCUCCAAGCUUCUUCCCCUCUCCAUCUCUUCGCUGUCCUCCCAGUCCAUGGCCGUCCGGAAAAAGGUUAUUGAGAUCUUGAGUCAUGUGAAUAAGCGAUUGAAACACCAAAAGGAAAUUGGUUUGCCAUGUUUAGAAUUAUGGAGCAUGUAUGUGCGAGAUGACGCUGCUCCAAUGGUUAAGAACUUCUGUAUUGUGUAUAUUGAGAUGGCUUUUGAACAAAUAAGUGUGGAGGAAAAGGAAAACAUGGCGCCUAUUUUUGUGGCCAACAUUUCAAAGCUUCCUUCUCAACACCGAGAGAUAAUCUUAAGAAUCAUUAUAAAGGUGAUUGGAGAAUGUCAUUCAAGUAAAAUUGAUGAUGAAGUUGCUGUGAGAUAUAGAUCUGUCUGUGGUACUCCAGGCUGUGAGAUAUUUCUUGAAUUUUGCCUUCAUGCAGUUUUGUACACUCCACCAUCUCAAGGAGGAUGCACACCAGGCCUUUCAAUUGCUCAAAGCAACCGUGUUACAGGGAAGCAUCCAGUGACAAGUGAUGUGCUUUUAACAAGAAAGUUAGGGAUAUUGAAUGUUGUUGAAGCUAUGGAACUGGCUUCUGAGUUUGUUUACCCUCUUUAUGUGGCUGCUUAUGCAGACUGUCAAGGGCCUGUUGCUAAGAGGGGAGAGGAGCUUUUGAAGAAGGCAGCUUCCAAUGCUAAUUUAGAUGAUGCAAACCUAAUAAGCAAGUUGUUUUUACUAUUCAAUGGUACUGGUGGUGCUGAAAAUAUUGCCCCAGAGUCCAAAGUUAAUCCUGGGAAUUUUGCUUUGAGAGCCAGACUGAUGUCUACCUUUUGCCGAUCUAUUAAGGCUGCAAAUAGUUUCCCAUCAACUUUGCAGUGCAUUUUUGGCUGCAUUUAUGGGAAUGGUACCACCUCAAGAUUGAAGCAGUUGGGAAUGGAAUUCACUGUUUGGGUUUUCAAGCAUGCAAAAAUGGAACAACUGAAGCUUAUGGGUCCUGUUAUAUUAACAGCAAUUUUGAAGUCCCUUAAUAGUUAUACUACUUCAGAAACAGAUGCUAUUGCAAGGGACACUAAAUCUUUUGCCUUUCAAGCAAUUGGAUUACUUGCUCAGCGCUUGCCUCAACUUUUCAGAGAUAAGAUUGACAUGGCAGUUCGGCUUUUUGAUGCUUUAAAGUUUGAGGCUCAAUUUCUUCGUCUAAUUGUUCAAGAGGCAACCAAUUCCGUCGCCAUUGCAUACAAGGGUGCACCAGCAACCGUGUUAAAGGAUUUGGAGGCUCUUCUGCUAAUAAAUUCUCAAGUGGAACAAAGUGAAGCACGCUUCUGUGCUGUAAGAUGGGCAACAUCUUUAUUUGAUUUACAGCAUUGUCCAAGCCGAUUUAUUUGCAUGCUUGGGGCAGCAGAUCCUAAGUUGGAUAUAAGAGAGAUGGCACUCAAUGGCCUAUUUCCUGGUAAAGAGCGAGGACAGACAGCUAGCAUAAAAUUCAAUCUUAAAUGCCCUAAACUUGGGGACAUGCUUGAUUAUAUUCUUGAGCAGCAGCCGAAGUUGUUAGAUUCCAGUGAAAUGAGGGAACAAAAGCUUCUUUUUCCAUCAAAAAUGUAUGUGGCUAUGAUUAAAUUUUUGAUGAAGUGCUUUGAAGCAGAUGUGGAGCAAAACAAUUCUAUAGUAGGAACAUCUGCAUUUUCUUCUUCAGUGGAAACAAUGUGUUUGCUGCUAGAACAUGCUAUGGCAUUUGAAGGCUCUGUCGAGUUGCAUGCUAGUGCCUCCAAAGCAUUAAUUACAAUUGGAACUUAUAUUCCGGAGAUUUUAGCAGCACGCUAUGCUGUGAAAAUUUCAUGGUUAGAGCAAUUAUUGGGUCACGUAGACUUGGAUACUCGCGAAUCUGCAGCACGUCUCCUUGGAAUAGCUUCUGGUUCUCUUCCUAUUUUGGAGUCAUCUGACCUUAUUAGCAAACUGAUUUCCUCUAUAAGUGGGGCCCACGAGCUAAGGUUUGAAAUGCUGCAUGGAGCGUUGUGUGCAUUAGGAUACGUUACUGCAGAUUGCAUGUCAAGAACACCUAUUAUCCCAGAGACAUUGCUUCAGAGCACAGUUAAAUGUUUGAUUGAUGUUGUUAAUUCUGAAACUGCAACACUGGCUUCCAUUGCAAUGCAAGCGCUUGGUCAUAUUGGAUUGCGUGCUCCCCUACCUCUGCUUGUUCAUGAUUCUAAUUCAGUGGCCAUUUUGAUGGUAUUGCGUGAAAAGUUGAGCAAGAUACUCUCUGGUGAUGAUGCUAAAGCGAUUCAAAAAAUUGUAAUAUCUUUGGGGCAUAUCGGCUUGCGAGAAACAUCAUCUUCACAUUUAAAUAUUGCUCUUGAUUUGAUUUUUGGUCUUUGCCGGUCAAAGGUUGAGGAUAUCCUGUUUUCUGCUGGGGAGGCUCUCUCGUUUCUGUGGGGUGGUGUUCCUGUGACGGCUGAUGUGAUUCUCAAAACAAAUUACAGCUCACUUUCCAUGAUUUCAAAUUUUCUAACAGGAGAUGUACCAUCAUCGCUGUUGAGAUAUAGAUCUAAGAAUGAAAAUCAAGCUAAUGAAGAUUGGCAUGUUAUGAUUAGAGAGGCAAUUACUAGAAAACUUUUUGAUGUUCUCCUCUAUAGUAGCAGGAAAGAAGAGCGCUGUGCUGGAACUGUUUGGCUACUAUCACUGACAAUGUAUUGUAGCCAUCAUCCUACCAUCCAACAAUUGCUCCCUGAAAUUCAGGAAGCUUUUUCACAUUUGCUUGGUGAGCAGAAUGAACUUACACAGGAGCUGGCAUCCCAAGGCAUGAGCAUUGUUUAUGAAAUUGGUGAUGCAUCAAUGAAGAAAAAUUUGGUAAAUGCACUUGUUAGCACAUUGACUGGUUCAGGGAAGAGAAAAAGAGCAGUGAAGCUUGUGGAAGAUUCUGAAGUGUUCCAAGAGGGAUCUAUUGGUCAAAGUCCAAGUGGAGAAAAACUUAGUACAUACAAGGAGCUCUGCAGUCUGGCAAAUGAUAUGGGGCAGCCAGACUUAAUUUAUAAAUUUAUGGAUCUCGCUAAUUAUCAAGCUUCUUUAAAUUCGAAGAGGGGUGCUGCAUUUGGGUUUUCUAAGAUUGCCAAGCAAGCAGGGGAUGCUCUUCAGCCACACUUGAGAUUAUUGGUUCCUAGGCUUGUUCGUUACCAGUAUGAUCCUGAUAAGAAUGUGCAGGAUGCAAUGGCACACAUUUGGAAGUCGCUGGUGGCUGACUCAAAGAAAACCAUUGACGAUCACUUGGACCUUGUUAUUGAUGAUUUAUUGAUUCAAUGUGGUUCUAGGCUUUGGCGUUCUCGUGAGGCAUCCUGUCUUGCUCUUGCAGAUAUAAUUCAAGGACGCAAAUUUGAUCAGGUUGGGAAGCAUCUGAAAAGAAUAUGGACUGCAGCAUUUCGUGCAAUGGAUGAUAUAAAAGAAACUGUUCGAAAUUCUGGUGACAAAUUAUGCCGUGCUCUAACUUCACUGACAAUAAGGCUAUGUGAUGUCUUACUUACAGAUGUAACAGAAGCAAGCCAAGCAAUGGGUAUUGUUCUUCCUUUCCUAUUAGCAGAGGGCAUAAUGAGUAAAGUUGACAGUAUCCGUAAGGCAUCUAUUGCCAUGGUUAUGAAGCUUGCUAAGGGUGCUGGGGUUGCAAUUCGUCCACAUUUACCUGAUUUAGUUUGUUGCAUGCUUGAAAGUUUAUCUAGCCUUGAAGACCAAGGGCUCAAUUAUGUUGAGCUACAUGCAGCGAAGGUUGGAAUACAAACAGAGAAGCUUGAAAAUUUACGAAUUUCAAUUGCAAAAGGCUCUCCUAUGUGGGAAACUCUGGAUCUCUGUGUAGAAGUUGUGGAUAGCCAAUCAUUGGGUCUUCUGGUUCCUCGUCUUGCUCAGUUGGUUCGAUCUGGAGUUGGCCUUAACACUAGGGUCGGUGUUGCCAACUUUAUUAGCUUAUUAGUUCAAAAAGUCAGGGUUGAUAUAAAACCAUUUACAAGCAUGCUAUUAAAGCUCAUGCUUCCAGUUGUUGAGGAAGAGAAAGCCAGCCCAGCAAAGCGUGCCUUUGCGAGUGCUUGUGCAAUAGUUUUGAAGUAUGCAGUUCCUUCUCAGGCCCAGAAACUAAUUGAGGACACGGUGGCUUUGCAUGCUGGUGACCGGAAUGCUCAAAUUUCAUGUGCAAUCUUACUGAAAAGCUAUUCUUCGAUGGCUGCAGAUGUUCUGAGUGGAUAUCAUGCUAUCAUAGUUCCAGCUAUUUUUCUAUCUAGAUUUGAGGAUGAAAAAUAUGUUGCUAACCUAUUUGAGGAGUUGUGGGAGGAUAAUACCAGUGGUGAGCGGAUCACUCUUCAGCUGUAUAUGGGGGAAAUUGUUUCUCUUGUUUGUGAGAGUAUAUCAUCAUCAUCAUGGGCAAGUAAAAGAAAGUCAGCACAGGCAAUUAGCAAGCUUAGUGAUGUUUUGGGUGAAUCCCUGUCUCCUUACAAUCACAUUCUUCUCAGCUCAGUAAUGAAAGAAAUUCCUGGUCGUUUAUGGGAGGGAAAGGACAGCCUUUUAUUUGCAAUAGCUGCUCUUAGUACAUCUUGCCAUAAAGCAAUUUCCAAUGAAGAUCCCGCCGCACCAAAUGCAAUUUUGAGUGCGUUAUCUUCUGCAUGCACAAAGAAAGUUAAGAAAUACCGUGAAGCAGCUCUUUCAUGUAUAGAGCAGGUUAUAAAAGCCUUUGGUAAUCCAGAGUUCUUCAAUAUAAUUUUUCCAUUAUUACUGGAAAUGUGCACUUCAGCUACCCUCAUCAAGUCCAGACAAGCAAACGUGGCAAGUGAGGCUAGUACAGCAGAGCCAGAUGAAGUAGAAGAUGCUUCCACUUCCCAUCAUAAAAUUUUGGACUGCAUAACAUCUUGCAUCCAUGUGGCAAAUGUAAGCGAUGUUCUUGAACAGACGAAGAACUUGAUGCAUGUUCUCUUAGUUUCCUUUUCAGCUGGGCGUCCAUGGACAGUUAAAAUGUCAAUAUUUUCGUUAAUUAAAGAACUUUGCUCAAGGCUGCAUGACACUGCAAAUAAUUCUUGGGAAUCCUCAGUUAAUGCCAGCAGAAUAUCUUUAGUCCAUGAGUUGUUCCACACAGUGUCGCCUAGAGUAGUUGAAUGCAUAAGCACAGUGAAGAUAGCACAGGUUCAUGUAGCUGCUUCUGAGUGCCUUGUGGAAGUGACCAAUCUGUACAAGGGACAUAUGCCAGUGCAGCCGACUAGUGUAGGUUUUAAGGAUGAGCUGCUUCAUCAGUAUGAGCUAGAAAAAAAUGAGCAGGCAAGAUCAUUGUUAAAAAGUUGUAUUGACAUCAUCCAAGGCUUGGAGCAAGAAAAUGUACAAACAAUCUGAGUUGCUUGAGGUGUGAAGUUUACCCAAUGGCUCAGAAACGGAUGACUAAUGAGUUGCCUUUGCUUCAUAUUUAGCAUGAUAGUACUUCAUAUAUUUGAGAGCAGUGAACAUCUAUAGAGCAAUUCGUAUCGUACACAAUGCUUACUGUAUACAUGAAAGCAAUUAGAGAGGAAAGGGGCGGAGUGGUGCUGAGGGUUUUGUAAGAAAAUAUUGGAACUAACUGCUUGAAACUCACCCUGCCAAAUUAGUUUUUUGAACAGUUUAGUUUGCAAUAUGAAUCUCAGAUUCUUCCCAGCUUUAUUUAUGUUAUCUGGCAUAACGUUCUUAUUUAUAUGAACGGGGCAUGGUAUUUCUAACACAUCAGGCAUAUUAUUGCCUGGUUGUUA